AUGGAUUAUGAUUGGGAGUUCUACCUAUACCCUAAUACGAAAUGCCCACUCCCUUCACUUUUAUCACUUCCAUCUAAAAUGGGUAUUGACGGAGCCACGUUGGUGCGUAUAGCUCGUAUUUUCAAUACAUAUGGGCCUCGUAUGUGUCUAGAUGAUGGGCGUGUUGUCAGCAACUUUGUUGCACAGGCUAUUAGGAAGCAACCACUGACAGUGUAUGGUGAUGGAAAGCAAACUCGAAGUUUUCAAUAUGUCUCUGACUUGGUAUGUCAUCUUGAUAUGGAAUUGAAUCUAUUGGCCGUUACUGUUUCCUGUGGAACUCUUCCAGAUGCCCUAGCUGCUAUGCGUUAUUUCAUGUUUGCUUCCUUUUACUUUUGGACUUUGUAG